GCUGUCCCUGUCCCAGUUUUUUUGGAAUGUGUUGCGAGCAUCAAAUUCAAAAUGUCCGAAUAUUAAAAAAAAAACAAAAAAACAAGAACAAAUAAAGUUUAUGAGUUUACACAUUAAAUAUUUUGUCUUAGGUUGAACUGACUUACAAGUCAUUGUAUUGUGUUUCUAUUUACGUUUUACACAAUGUCCCAACUAAAUUGGAAUAGGGGUUGUAUUUUGAAGUAAAAACCCAGCCUUACUAAGAAGUCGCCCCCCUCCUCUACCCAGCUGUAAUUAACCCGAUGGGUACAUCCCUAAAUAAAACUCCCGAUACUCUUUUAAGGUUUUUGCCACCCCACUAUUUUUUUUGGUCCCCAUUUAGCCACCCGUCGUAAAAUCACUGGUCUCCUUUCCCUCCCCGGUGAGGGGCUUCAUGACUUCUCGGCUCAUCUUUCUCCUGCAUUCCUGAACUUCCUCAGAAGCAACCCCUGUCUCUUUGGGUCCUCAAGCUGCAAACCGAUGCCAAUCGCCUCAAGUCACAGUGUGCAGUGAUUAAACCGGCUACGAUUUGAUUUUUUUUUUUAACAGCCAGCCCCGCUUAUACAUUCCUCUCCCCUCCCCUCCCCUCCUCUCUGCUCUGUUCUCUUCUCUCGCCAUGCCGCGGAUCCAUCCCUCUGUCUCGCCCACAGUUGCAGCGCAUUUGUGUCCUGGGAUGACCUGUUGAUGUCGGUUAAAGAUGGAGUGCCAAGAUCACCCGCUAUAAACUCCUCCCCGGUAGAAAAAAGAAAAAAAGAGAGAAAAACCCCCCCAAAAAAAUACACUGGAAACUGGAGUCCUGCCCAGUAUCGCUUCUGUGGUUGGCCGAGAUUGCUUAUUAUAAAUAAUUUAAUUGAAGCGAGACAUCAUAAGCGACAUCUUGGACGGGACUAGCUCGUCUCCGAGUCCGAACCAGGCCGGUAGCUGCACCACUCUACGGCCGGAGGGGGAGGACCUCGCACGGUGUUGCUGGCACAGAGAGGCGGGGAGAACACCGACCCUCGACGGUUUGGGAAAGAUUUCUAAUGUCCCCCGGGUCUUCAGACGGCAAAAAAGAAAACAUUUGUCUGCAUUCUUUGAAUGAAGUUGGAGCCGCGGCUGACAUUUCAAAUAAAGGAGGAAAAAAGCUAAAAUUUGAAUCCUUUCUUCGCUGCUUCCCUCACCUCCUCCCGUUGAACCGUGUCACACCGACCCGGGCCAAUCGAGCACUCCUAAAUCCUACCGGGCAUCGAGGCUGGCACACGGCGGGGCACCGACAGUUUUCUGGCCGCCCCGACUGCCCACCCUUACCGCUGGUGGGGGGACUCAGCCUUCGAGGUGUCUGCCGGCGAGACUCUGCUAGACUUUCAUAUCCUGUGGUCCGGUGCAGAGCGUUAUGGCUCAGACGCUGCAGAUGGCGAUCCCUAACUUUGGCAACAACGUCCUGGAGUGUCUGAACGAACAGCGGCUGCAGGGCCUCUAUUGUGAUGUCUCCGUGGUCGUCAAGGGGCACGCCUUUAAGGCUCAUCGUGCAGUUUUGGCAGCCAGCAGCUCCUACUUCCGGGAUCUGUUCAAUGCCGGGGGGAAGAGCUCUGUGGUGGAGCUACCUCCGGCUGUGCAGCCGCAGAGCUUCCAGCAGAUCCUGGCCUUCUGCUACACAGGACGCCUCAGCAUGAAUGUUGGAGACCAGUUUCUGCUCAUGUAUACCGCCGGCUUCCUCCAGAUCCAACAGAUAAUGGAGAAAGGCACAGAGUUUUUCCUCAAGGUUUCAUCUCCAAGCUGUGACUCCCAGGGUCUCCACACUGAGGAGACCCCAUCCUCUGAGCCCCAGAGUCCAGUCACUCAGACAGUCGGAGGGGUGGGACUGGGCGUUGUUGCGGCUCCUGUCGGUAGGCCGGCUAGCUGUCUGACGCCGCUUCCCCUGGUAUCCAAGGUAAAAACGGAACAGACGGCCACUACACCUCAGCAUGCCCCUCAGCAGCAGGAGGGCUCACCCUACUCUGUGGUCUGCACCCCUGUGGCCAAGCGGCUGUGGGAGGGGGCAAACCGGGACGGGGGAGGAGGGUCUGGAGGAGGCGGGGGAGGUGGAAUGAGGAAGGCUGCACGCUACUCUUCCUCCUCCUCUUCUUCCUCCUCUUGUAACACUGCAACACAGGAUGUCUCUGGACGUGGACCGGCGGCUAGUGCAGCGAUGGUGGGCGGUGCCUCUUUAGUGGGAGGAGCUGGACUCAACAGUAACCACAACAGUAACAACAACAACGGCGGGACCCCCGAAGGCACGAGCCCAGGCACGCUGAGCAUGUACACAAGCGACUCGCCGAUCAGUUACCACGAUGACGAGGAGGAGGACGAGAUUGCCGAUGAGAGCGCUGAAGAGCAGUACAGACAGAUCUGCAACAUGUACACCAUGUACAGCAUGCUUAAUGCUGGAGCAGCAGUGGUCGGAGAACGGGUGGAGGCUUUGCCAGAAUUGGCGCCCGAUUCUGGAGGCGGGCGUGGAGGCAAAGGGGGACGGUCCCGGCCGGACCUGGCAUCGCUGCCCGCCGAGCUCAUCAGUCAGAUCGGCAACCGCUGCCACCCAAAGCUGUACGAGGAAGGCGACCCAGCAGAGAAGCUGGAGCUGGUCAGCGGCACCUUUGUCUUCAUCUCCCGCGCCCAGCUCAUGAAUUGUCACGUCAGUGCUGGCACCCGCCACAAAGUACUACUCAGACGGCUACUGGCCGCGUUCUUUGACAGGAGCACACUGGCUAACAGCUGUGGAACCGGCAUCCGCUCAUCGACCAAUGACCCCAGCCGGAAACCUUUGGACAACCGAGUGCUGCAUGCUGUUAAAUUCUACUGCCAGAACUUUGCACCGAGCUUCAAGGAGAGCGAGAUGAACGCCAUUGCAGCGGACAUGUGCACCAACGCCCGACGCGUUGUACGAAAGAGCUGGAUCCCCAAGCUCAAACUGCUGAUGGCCGAUAGCGAUGCCUACUCGGCCUUCCUGGCUGACAGCGUGAAAAUGGAAGCUGACGCGCUGGGGGUGGAGCAGGGCUUCGAUCCCGCCUCCUUAGAAGCCGUUGCAACAGCUGCCAAUAACGGCGAAGUGUCAAGCGGGACCAUGCCGGGGGCAGGAGGAGACGGCAGCUCUUUGUUUUGAGUGAGUGAUCGGACACGUAGAUUGGACGGACUCAUUCCUCUGGGGUAACGAGUCGAGAACAUUGGCCACUGUGGUCUUGAUGACAGUUGUCACACCCCUCCCAGCUGCCAUGUGGUUAGGAAUCUGAUCCUUCUCACGUGGUUCGUUCAGUUUCUUGUACUUUCCUUCCUUUGCUUGUCUAUAUUUUUGUCUCUCUCCACAGCUCAGAAUGUUCUUUCUUGUUCAUCUGGUGGAGAUGGACAGAAAGACGGGGAGAAAGGUAGCAGAGUAAAGAAUGUGAAACUCCCCCUACACACCUCUUCAUUCCUCUGCAACCUUUCUCAGAUUUUAGUUCUAUAUUUUAAGAGCUUUUAUCAUCACUGAGGCCCUUUUCCUUCACAAUCAAUCACAGACAUUCCCCAGGGAGGGCUGUCAGUGAGGGUAAUCCUGUACGGAGAGAGUGAUAUUUCCUCCCCCAAACUCUGGUAACACUGUUGUUUUUAUACUGAAUGUAUGCGAGGCGAAGCAUCCGAAUUGCAGCGUUGUAAGGCAGUGAUGACUGAAAGGUUGCGCUGAGCCCCUUUUUUGCUUUGAUUGUUUAGUGUUUUGCUUUAUUGCAUCCGGACAGCGAGAUGCAAGAUUCUCAGAGUGCGGCGUCGAAAAGGUUGAAAGUUGUAAAUUUUGAUUUGUAUAUUGGCAUAGUUUACAAUCUCCUGGCCCAGCUUUCUGAAACCUGCCAAUUUAUUUCGGCUGGUGUGAGUUGACAUGUCAGAUGUUAAAACCCCCCCCCCCGAAAAACUAUGUUUACGUUGAUUUUUACAUUUUUGCCAAGGCUCCUGAGGGAGAGGAAUUUUGUUACAGAUGACAGUCAAAGACAUUGCAGGGAAUAAUCCACUGUUAUUUUGUGUGGUAUAAGUACAAUCGAGCAACGUUUUUGUACAGAUCUGAAGCAGAAGGUGGAUGUUUUUAUUUUUAAAAAUCCCCCCAGAAAAAAAAAAAAGUUUUCGCUAAUAUCCAAUUUUUUGAUUUUUAUCUACGUUUACCACGGAUUUUAAAAAAACAUUUAAAGGCAUGUUUACAUACUGUAAACAAGCCGUUGGGCUCCCAAGCCAUUUUGGUGUGCAUGCAUGCCAUGCUUUGUAAAUUACAUAUACCCCUUAAACUUUUUCACAUUGUCAUAUCACAACCACAGACUUCAGAUAUUUUAUUAGUGUUUUAUGUGACUAAGGAGGGGCAUAAUUGUGAAAUGAAAGGAAAAAGAUACACAUGUCUUUCAACAUUUUUCUAAAUCUAAAGAAAAUGGCUUUAGUUUCCAAGCUUUCCUGUCCUGUCCCUGUGAAAAGAAUCACCCCCACACCAUGAUCCAAUCCAAUCCAACUUUAUUUAUUAAGCACUUUUGCACCACAGCAGACCAAAGUGCUGUACAGAAACUAGAGUCAACAUAGCUCAUAAUACAAACAAAAAACACAACUAAUUCAAACAAAACACAACACCUUACACAGUGUCAAAAGCCAAAGAAAACAAGUAGGUUUUAAGACGCGUUUUAAAAACAGACAGUGAAGGGGACUGUCUGAGUUGGAUGGGGCAGCUCGUUCCA